CACACAUAUACCUAAAUAGGAUGUUUAUGGCUUUGCAUUAUCCAAAUGUACUCUCCGGCAGCGUCAGUUUCAGCAAGAGAGAAGUGUGAGAGGUGUAGUAACCAUCAUUGACAACAAGAGGAACUUCCCAUGACCGAGUUAAACUUCCUUCACACUGGCAGUUCAGCUGGCCUCUACUCUUCAUUAGUUAUUCAACCCGUGUCUGAAGUGUGAAUGCAGGAAACUACCAGGAUGAGUUUACCAACCAGGGAACAAUGUGAGUCCUGGAGCCCAGCACAGGUGGCUAGUUACUUAAGUCAGAUCAACAUGAGGGACUGUGCAGAAACAGUGCAGAGAAAAAAAAUUGACGGCCAACAUUUUUUGAACCUGUCUGACAGUGAUGUCACCAAAUUCAGCCUCGUCCAGCGACCGCAGCUCCAGAAAAUCGUCCAAGACAUUAAGAAGAAUGACGACAGCCUUUUCAACAGAUUAAAAAGGUUUCAAUCUGAACAAACUUCUAAUAUCCUCAAAACUGGGAGAAAUACGCUGGACCGAAUAAGGAAAAAAGGACCCCCAAAAGUACCUGCAAGAGACUAUCCAGGUGAAGCUCAUGAUGUUGAGAACAGCUCUGACUCUUUUGAGAGUGACACGUAUGAAGAUCUGGGUGAUAAUGACAACAGCUAUGAACCUCCACCGAGGUCAGAAGGUCACAGUCUGAAGGCCUUUAAUGUCAGCGUGUCCAUAACAAACCCCAGAGGAGAAUAUCUGGACAGCUGUCGUGGUCCACCGUUAAAACCACACAAGCCCCCUCAUCAGCAACGGAGGAACAAACCCCCACAACCCACCAAGAGCAGAACGGCCAAAGUGGAGGAUGAAGAUGAUUAUAUUGAGCUGGAGGAUGAAUCGGAUGAGGAUAAUUAUAUUGAUCCCACUCAAAAAACACCAACAAAGCCUCCUGUUAAUCGAGGUAUCAAACCUUGUGUUGCCGCUCAUGCAAACAGCCCAGAUUUCUGCAAGGUUCCUAACAUGGAGGAGAAUUCUCCGUCAGUGAAAAACAGAAGUAAAUCAACUUCACAACCGAACACACAGAUGGUGCCCCCUAGGGCCAGUCCAAGAAUGCAUAUUAGAAAGCCAACCGUGACCCAAGAAUCACAGUCGGAGGACGAGUAUGAAGUGUGUGACACAGAGAGUGUUAAUGAAAGACCAGAGGAGAGCACAGGAAGCAGGAAACACUCCAUACCAACCCCUCGACCCCGGGAACUGAAGAAAUCAAGUCCUGCUUUGAUGCCGAAACGAAGUGUUCCUCAGCGAGAUAAUGAAGCAACACAAACCAUUAUGCCACGAAGUGUACCGGACAUCAUGACAUCCCCGCCAACUACAGGCUUCCAUCGAGCCAAGAUUCCUCUGCCUCAACAGUUUCCCUCUCAUAGCAGAGGAACGUUGCCGUCGGAAAACAGAGCAUCUCGAGAUGAUGAAGAGGAAGCUGGUGUGUAUAAAAAGAUUUGGUACGCCAGUAUCUGUGAUCGCAGGACUGCAGAGGACGCCCUCAAACGCUCGGCUAAGGACGGGUCUUUCCUGCUCCGGAAGAGUUCAGGUGUGGACACACAGCAGCCGUAUACUCUAGUGGUGUUCUACAACAGCCGAGUUUACAACAUCCCCGUCCGCCACAUCGCUUCCACCAAACAGUACUCUCUGGGCAAAGAGAAACAAGGAGAGGAGCGUUUCAACACUGUUUCUGAGAUCAUUCAAAACCAUCAGAACAAUCCUUUAGUUCUGCUCGACUCACAAAACAACACCAAAGACUUCACCAAACUCAAACACCCAGUGAGACCUUGAGAAAACACUUGAACUAGCACGAAACUGUCAAACGUCCAUCUGGAGGUGAUGUGGAGAUGUAUAUAACUUCAAACUGACAAAUGCAACGGCUUUGAGAGGGUGCUGACAUAAAACUGUGGGCUAGAUUCACAUUUUACCUUCAUUGAAAAUAUUGGAAAGAGCUCCACAUUGGCAAGAAUGGGACUAAAGCUACUUUUAAAAGUUUUUGUAGAAGUGGUGUUGUAUGUUGGUAUGAAUAACUUUAUUUAAAACCGCUUUCAAUUUGAAUAAAUUUUUGUGUUUUGUUUUUUUAAUGUUAUUUAUUUAUUUUUUUUAUAACUGUUGGUAAACACAAUAAAACCAUAUUGUCACACGUUAAGGGAAGAGUCGAGGAGAUUAUGUAGGCACAGUUUAACUGAAAGGUUGUAUUGAUCUUGUGACUAGGAAUUUCGCAUGAAUGGCAGAUUGAAGCAAGUUGUCACGUUUUAACGGUUGUAAAUAUAUAUCAUUUACAUUUCAAUCAAUUUUCACUGAAAUUGUUUUGCUGGUAAAAUUAUUUUUCAGUGGUGGUUAUAUACUUUUGGACCUCAUUGUAUAUAUACAUAAUCAUUGUAAUUCUGAAAUCUCAAAUAA